AUGGCGUGCUGCGAGCACAGUGCACUGGGUUGGGCCACCCCUGGCGAGGCCUUUCGGAGCGCAGAGCGGGAGAAGAUCCUGUAUGUUGUGUGCACCAUCCCCAAGGGAGCCAGGCCAGACUUCCUGGCCACAAUCGAUGCCGACGAAGCGAGCCCGACAUUCAGCCAGGUGCAAAAGUUUGGCGGCGGCGAGGCGCUGCCGAGCAGUACCGCCGCAACUGAACGGCAGUCUGUGAUCGCCCGCACCCCAGUGCCUUACACGGGCGAUGAGCUGCACCACUCCGGCUGGAAUGCCUGCUCCAGCUGCGGUGACAAGAGCGGCAAGGCGCGCAAGUAUCUGGUGGCCCCGGCGCUGGGCAGCAGCAGGGUGUACGCCUUUGAUGUGGCCACCGACCCGCGCAAGCCCUCCCUGGCCAAGAUUGUGGAACCGGAGGAGAUCAAGAAGACUGGCCUCUCCUACCUGCACUCCUCCCACUGCCUGGCUGACGGCAACGUGAUGAUCAGCGGCAUGGGCGACCCCGAGGGCAACAACAAGGGCGGGUUUGUGCUGCUGGACGGAGAGACGUUCAAGGCGAGGGCUGCAGCUGAUUCUGUCAAGGACAAGACGUGGUCCCAGGACACGACUGAGUUUGGUUACGACUUCUGGUACCAGCCCCACCACGAUCUCUUGGUGUCCACCUCCUGGGGCGCCCCCUCCGAGUUCUUCAAGGGCUUCAACCCGGCAGAGGUGGCCACCAAGUAUGGCGACCAGCUGUACAUCUGGAGCUGGAAGGAGCGGGAGCUCGUCCAGAAGACCCGCUUCCUGCACGACCCCUGGAAGGCGCAUGGCUAUGUGGGCGCCGCGCUUUCCUCCAACGUCAUUCACAUCUCCAAGGAGGUGAAUGGAUCCGUGAGCUGGAAGACCAACGUGGCCAUCAAGCAGCCCUGGGUCAAGGUGGAGGGCUGGGUGCUGCCCGAGAUGCCGCCCCUUAUCACCGACAUCCUGGUCUCUAUGGACGACAAGUACCUGUACUUCUCCAACUGGCUGCGCGGCGACCUGGUGCAGUACGACGUCUCCGACCCCGCCAACCCCAAGUUCAGCAACCGCAUCUGGCUGGGAGGCUCCCUGCGCAAGGGCGGCCCCGUCAAGGUUAUUGAGGGGCUGCCUGAGGACAGCCCCGAGCAGCCCGAGGUGCCCACUGUGAAGGGCGUGGAGCUUCAGGGAGGCCCCCAGAUGAUCCAGCUCAGCCUGGAUGGCCGGCGCCUGUACGUCACCAACAGCCUGUUCAGCCCCUGGGAUCACCAGUUCUAUCCCGACAUGCCCAAGAAGGUGCAGCACAUGCUGGUGGCGAGCGGCUCCCCUCCCGCCGCCCUCAGCUGA